AUGAAUUCUGGAUCAGGCCGGUUUCGACACCUAAAAAAUCAAGGAGAAAAAGGGAUAACGAGAACCCGUAUUCGACACUUCUCUGCACUUCUAGCUGAACUCGAAGAGAAGAGGCAACGGAUUUACUCACAAAUGGGAAACAGAUGUGUAGUUCGAUUCGUUUACAAGAACUCGGACGAUUGCGUUCGUCUCGUGGUAAAGCCCAAGGACAAGAAGGACGAGAAAACCAAACCAGGAACUGUAAGUGAUCAUCAGCCUCGAAGGGAUAAGCUUCGAACACCAUCGGAAUCGGAUCGAAAGAUCAAGAAAGAGAAGAGCAUUUCAUGGAAUGGUGCGUUGCAGAAUCUGAGAAGACCUUCUCAUUACAUGCCAGCAGUUAUAAUCUUGAUUUUGGUAUCCUUUGUAUGUUUUGGAAGGUCUGUUGCAAUACUAUGUACUUGUAUCGUGGUACAUGGUUCCUGCAAUAAGUGA